GGCACUAUUCAUGUGUUUAUUAAUUAUUAUUGAAAUUUAUUUUAAAUUGUGCCUGUUAAUUGCCCAUCAACAUCAAAAUACUAUGCUGUGUGAAUCAUGUCUAGACAUUAUGCAUUCGCCAUAAUGUAUGUCAUCGUCAUUAUAAGAACAGUUUGUAGUGACUGUCGAACACCCGCAUUGUCCUGUAUUAAUGGGAAUUGUCAUCUUUCUGGACCCACGUACAGAUGUGCAUGUUGGAGGGGAUAUAGCGGAAGAAGAUGUGAGAGGACGUGUUCCCAAUCUUGCUUGUAUGGUGAAUGUGGUCCGUCCCAGACGUGUCAGUGUCAGUGCUAUCCUGGUUUCACUGGAAGCGACUGUGCAGUAGCAAUCAAUUAUUGCAAUCCUGACCCGUGUAUCAAUGGAGAAUGUAUCAAUGAACAUGGUGCAUACAGAUGUCUUUGUUACCCAGGCUAUAGUGGACCAGAAUGCCAAGUUGAAUCUAGGUGUCUUUCAUUCCCAUGUAUGAAUAAUGGACAAUGCACUGGCGGAGAAGGUAGUAGAGACUAUAGCUGUAUAUGCCCACCAGGCUUCACAGGGAAGAAUUGUGAAUUAGAAUUGAAUAUGAUACCGUGUCUCCGCGAAGCAGAUUCUGAAACUGGCGACUCCCCAUGUGGACAAAAUGGAGUUUGUAUAAACCACGUGACACGCUAUGACUGCGCAUGUCACACCGGAUAUGAAGGUGCACCUUGUAGAGAUAUUGAUGAAUGUCUCAGUAAUCCUUGCAGGCAUGGCGGAAGUUGUUACAAUUGGAAAAACUAUUAUGUUUGUAGCUGUCCAUCCGAAUAUACUGGCUAUAAUUGCGAAUAUGGUACGUAA